AUGCUGACGCUGCUGCACAUCCCUCCACUUCCGAUCAAUCCUCCUUCCUCUCCUCCUCCCCGCCGGCGCCGCUGCCCACCUCCCAUGGCCGCCUUCGCCUCCGCCCCCCAGCAAUCCAAGCCCCUCGUGCUCGGCUGCGGCGCCGUCUCCGUGGACUACCUCGCCACCGUCGCCUCUUUCCCCAACCCCGACGACAAGAUCCGCAGCCUCGCGCUCAAGGUCGAGGGAGGUGGCAACGCCGGCAACGCCCUCACCGGAGCCGCUCGCCUGGGCCUCAGCCCAAGGAUUAUAUCCAAGGCGUCCAAUGAUGCACUGGGAAAAAACAUUCUCAAGGAGCUGCAAGACGACGGAGUAGACACUUCCUAUAUGACGAUAGCAGAUGGGGGGAAUUCACCGUUCACCUAUAUAAUCGUCGAUAACCAGACGAAAACUCGUACUUGCAUACACACUCCUGGUUAUCCCCCAAUGAAGCCUGAGGAGCUCACAAAGGAAAACUUGUUGGCUGCUUUACAUGGCGUAGACAUGGUGUAUUUUGAUGUUAGACUGCAUGAGACUGCUUUGCUUGUUGCAGAAGAGGCAAGCCAAAGAAAAAUUCCUAUUUUGGUCGACGCAGAGAAAAAGCGGGAGGGAUUGGAUGACCUUCUGAAUUUUGCAUCAUAUGUUGUAUGCUCUGCAAAAUUUCCUCAGGCCUGGACAGGAGCCUCAUCGACACCAGUUGCUUUGGUACACAUGCUUCUAAGGUUACCUAAUCUCAAGUUCGUUAUUGUAACCCGGGGAGAAAAAGGUUGCUUAAUGCUUGAAAGAAGUAUGACAGAUGCUUCUGAGACUGAGGAAACCGAUGUAGAGGAUCUGCUAGAAUCUUUAGAGCAGAAAGUCGAUUUGAGUUCUAGCAUGGCAAAAUGCGUUGCUUCCAAGUCAAAUUUGAGAAUAAGUGCAGAUGGCGUUGGCUCGAUGAGUGGCAGGUUACUUUUGGGUACAGCUGAAGCUAUACCCUCUGAAGAGCUCAUAGAUACAACUGGUGCAGGUGAUGCAUUCAUUGGAGCCGUUCUAUAUGGUUUAUGCACCGGCAUGCCAGUUGAGAAGAUGCUACCUUUCGCAGCACAAGUGGCUGCUUGCGGCUGCAGAGCUUUGGGGGCCAGGACUGGUCUUCCUCAUCUAACGGACCCGCGCCUGUCUCUCUAG